AUGGCAGUGGUGUGGAACAAUAAAUUGAAAUGGCUAGCAGGUUACAAUGCGGAUUCCGUAGAGUGGUGUCCGAUUACUCCGUACAGACAUGUGCUGGUGUGCGGGACUUAUCAAUUGGAGAAAAAAGAUGGCGAUAUAAACGUGACUGAUCGACCAAAACAAAAGCGGCUCGGCAGAUUAUAUCUGUUUUCAAUUACAAACGAUACUACUUACUUAUCCCCAAUACAAGAGAUAGAUACAGCGGGCAUUUUAGACCAAAAAUGGUGCUACCAUCCUAUAAAAGAUCAUCCUGUAUUAGCAACAGUAACGUCAGAAGGUUACAUCCAACUUUACCAACUAUUAGAUAAAGAGGGUUCAUUAAAUUUAGAACUUUGGAUAGAAGAUUCUGUCGGUGGAGAUAUAUUGGCUCUCUCGCUUGAUUGGUCGAGUAACAAAAUAUUCUCACAAAAUCCGUGCCUUGUUGUUAGUGACUCUUCAGGAGUUGUGACAGUUUUGCGAGUUAUUGACAAAGGCUUAGAGAAGAUCGGUCAAUGGAAAUCCCACAGUUUUGAAGCGUGGAUAGGUGCUUUUAAUUAUUGGAAUUCAGAUGUAUUUUAUUCUGGUGGUGAUGAUUGUUUGUUUAAAGCUUAUGAUGUAAGAGUGCAAGACGCAGUACUCACUAAUCGUAAUCACGAAGCGGGAGUGACAUCAAUAAGGAACCAUGUUGAUGGAGAACAUCAACUUCUGACUGGCAGUUACGACGAAAAAGUUCGUCUAUGGGAUUCGAGGAACCUAAAACGUUGCAUUACAGAGACUGAUGUGAACGGCGGUGUUUGGAGAUUGAAGUGGCAUCCAUACAAUAAAAGCGUAGUUUUAGCGGCAUGUAUGUACGGUGGGUUUCGUAUAUUACGCGUUGAAGACAAGGUUGAAGUUUUUUCGGAAUAUUUAGAGCAUGAAAGUAUUGCUUACGGCGCCGAUUGGAAAUUUGAUGAUAAAUUGUCUAUGGUUGCGACAUGUUCCUUCUAUGAUUGCGUUAUGCAUGUAGGAGUAAUAGAUUUA